UCUAAUGAAAAUAAAAUGAUGCAAUGCUUCGAACAAGCUGGCAACGAAAUAUAUUGGAAUUAAAAUAUCAGUUGGAGAAGAUGCUACGGCAAGACAUUCUUGACAAAAUAGCUAUCAAAACUUGUUGUACUCAUGGAUUAGCAAGAUAUUCUAGAUCGCUACGACAGCACUACAAGGCAAAGUUGUCUAAUUGGAACAUUCCCUCUGCAUUUAAAUCUAAUUUUGGAAGAGAGUAUAUAAUCAAAGAUCGACAUGAGGCAUACGUAGAUUUACUAGUAGGUCCAUGGAACGAGACAUUUGAUAGUGAUAAGGAACAUUUUCUUAAAACUUCUUCUGUACGGAAAAACACAAUUCAUAUAAAAGACAUUGUGCAGGAAAACGACAAAUGUGUUUUCAUUAGAGGUAUUGCUGGCGUGGGGAAGACCUCACUUGUCGAUAAUUUUGUUCUGCAGUGGGCAAAUGAGACAAUAAUGAAAGAUAUUGACUUUGUUUUUAAAUUUACAUGUCGUGAAUUGAACACGUUGAACAACAUCUCUAGCUGGGAAGAAUUGGUGCGACACUUUUUCCCCAACGUUUAUGAUGGAUUUUUGAUGAAUUAAUUGAAAACAGUGGCAGAGUUUUGAUAAUUGUAGAUGGUAUUGACGAAUUUCGAUAUCUUAAAGACAUGAAAGGGCUUGAAGCAGGGAAUCCUUCCCACAAAUUAGCUUCUAUUGUAUACAAUAUAAUUUCUCGCAAGCUGUCAUUGCUACCUAACAGCAAAGUGAUUGUAUGUGGCCGACCACAAGCGUUCAAUAAAAUUGAAGGUAUAUUUUUGCAAAGUAGGGCACUAAAGUUAAUAGAAGUUUCUGGCUUUAAUCGUACCAAUAUCGCUAUAUACAUCGUUAAUUUCUUUAAUGGAAAUAAAGAAAAAAUUCAAUCUCUAUACACAUCACUUAGUGAAAUUAAAAGUCUUGAAACAAUGUGUCACAUACCUGUUUAUUUGCACACAAUAUGCAAUGUGUACGCAUCGGAACAAAAACUUACAGAGCUAAAUACGAUGACGAAAUUAAAUAUUGCAGCCUGCUUGGUAUUUUUGCGAGACCACAUGACAGAAUUUAAAGGAAAGAAUUACACGCUGGCUAAAAUAUCUCAAGACAAGAAGGUUUUGAAAAUGAUUAUAGAAACGUCAAAAUUUGCUUUCAGGUCUCUUCAAGAGAAAAGGAUCUAUUUUACUCAAGAUGAGUUUGAAUUUGAAAACGGUGAUUGUUUAAAAGAAAUCGAACAAUCCGGUAUAAUUGUAAAGGUUGAAGGCAAUGAAGACGGAGAUUUUUUCCAGUUUAAGCAUUUAAUUUUACAGGAAUUUCUAUGCGCUGUUUACAUCUUCCAUUGUGCAUUAGACGCAUUAAGUUGUUCUUUGUGGAAUAUGAACAAUUGCCUGCCUUUGGUUGCUGAAUUGCAUGGAAUAAUAGCAAAUACUUAUUGUGGUCCAAAUUAUCUUAAACAAUUUGUUCGCAAUAUAAAAGAACCAAGUAACUACAAACCCGUGGAAUACUUGUUUGAAUACAUGGACAAAGAAUUAUUUUUAGAGGCGUUUUAUGAAUAUCAUGGCGAUGUUAGCGAUGCGGUAAAGAAAUAUUUCUUUAACAAAAAUAGUCGGCAUUCAGACAAUGUGUUCAUGAACAUUUACUUUCACCACACCUUAACACAUUUAAUAUUUUUUUUAAAAACAAUUAAAAAACCAAUUUCAACAAAAUUGGAAAUUCUUCUUGCAACGAAGGACCGUCAAAUCACAUCCAGUGAAAUGUCCGACUUAUCACAAUUUUUUUUCUCUCCCUAUAUUACAAUAGAAAGUCUUCAGUUUUCAGAGACACUUGUAAAGGCUAGAGAUAUGUUAUGUCUUUUCCAAAGUGACUGUAUAGCACCGAAAACAACACACAACUCUCCCAUUUCAAAUGCGCAAACAGUUAACGCAGAUACUUUCACAUUGAAAUUUUUACAUCUUGGGUCUUGCAAUAUAAGUGAUGAUCAUAUUAAAGCAUUACAACCGUGCAUACCAAGUUUGGAAUUCUUACACAUUAGAGAAAAUUUUGGGAAUUUGACGCCAACAUCAAUGACCUACAUAUCAGAAUCUAUUUUACGAGCAGUUAAAGUGAACACUAACAAGUUGGAAGUAUUGUAUUUAUCGGAUUGCAGCGUAGGUGAUGAUCAUAUUAAACAGCUACAACCGUGUAUACCUUGUUUAAAAGGUUUCCUGAUUGAUGAAAAUUUCCAUGUGCCACCAUUAACACCAAUUUCUAUGAAAUACAUAUCGGAGUCUAUUAUACGAGCAGUGAAACAAAACGCUAACAAUUUAGAAACAUUAGAUUUAAAAUGGUGCGACUUAGGUAUUGAUCAUAUUAAUCAGUUAUUACCUUGCAUUACUGCUUUAAAGGAUUUGAAUAUUUCUGGUAAUUUAGUUUCGGCAAGAAACAUAUCAGAAUGUAUCUUACAUGCAGUUAAAAACAACACCAACAAGUUAGAAAACUUGCGUUUAUCAGACUGCAACUUAGACGAUGAUGGUAUUUAUCAGCUCCAACCGUGUAUUACUCAUUUAAAGAGUUUGCAUAUAUCUGACAAUUGUAACAUGACCAUAAAAUCGAUGAAAAACUUGUUAGAAUCUAUCAAGAAAGCAAGUAAAGAAAACACUAACAAGUUAGAAAAAUUAUAUUUAUCUUCGUGCUGCCUGAAUUCAGAAAAUAUAUUGGAGUUACAACUGUGUACAACGUCUGAUAUUGCUAUUACUGACGAACGAACGAUGCCAAUCUCUGUGACAUGCAAUUCCGACUCUACCGUACAAGCAGGCGAGGAAAAUACAAAGAUCAUAUUGAGGAGUUGUGGCCACUAAUUUUUUAGAAUAUAUUAAAUAAUAACCAUUAAGUUAAACUCAAAAGCAUGUUACUUAUAAAAACAAAACGUAUACAUCGGAUUUUAUUUAUUAAUAUUAUUCUCAAUAACAAAGUUUGGAGUACAAUCAGAUAAAGUCAAGUAAAAUUACCUGCUUGGAUUUUGGUAACUUUGUGUCAGAAAAAUUCGCAACAAAAAAAAUCGCGGUUUGAAAGAAACUGAAGUUUUUAUUUGUAAACAGGCAUUUGAUUAACAAUAAAGGUGUAUUUAUAAUGCUUUUUCCUUUUCACAUAAAUUAAACUACGAUUGAAUGUGGCGUUAAUUCAAAUCUAUAUAUUUAUUUUUAAUACGAUUUAAUUUCGUGGUU